AUGCCGCGCGCCAUCAGAGGAGUCCUCGUCGAAUGCGAUCCCUCGAUCAAGUCCAUCAUUGUCAAUAUCGACAGCAAAAACCAUGACUUCAUAAUCGAAGACCUGGAUGACCAGCGCCUGGUCGUCAAGGAGAACAUGAUCCCGUUAUUGAAGCAGAAGCUAGAGGACCGUCUGAAGGAGACCAUCGCCCCGGCAGCAGAUGAUUCGGGAUCAGAUUGA